AUGGGUAAGCAAGAGAAGUAUGAUAUAUUACAUAUAUUAGAAUUUACAAGUAAUCGAAAACGAAUGGGUGUUAUUGUACGAUGUCCAGAUAGGAAGUUAAAAUUAUACAUUAAAAGAGCUGAUAGCGUUAUUUUUCCACGAUUAGCGCUAAAUUCUGAUAAGUAUUCAGUUAACAAAACAGCAGAACAUUUGGUGUAUUUUGCUAAUCUUGGUUUACGUACGUUGUGCAUGGCAAUGUGUAUUCUUAGUGAGGAAGAAUAUGAGAAAUGGGAGCCUGGUUGUCAUGGCGCAAGUACUGCGCUUGAAAAACGUGAAAUGGCCUCUGUUGUAAAAGCAUUAAAAAAUUGGUCCGAUGGUACGGUACUAGCAAUUGGCGAUGGUGCUAAUGAUGUAGCAAUGAUACAGGAAGCUGAUAUUGGUGUUGGAAUAAGUGGUGAAGAAGGUUUGCAAGCAUCACUUGCAGCUGAUUACUCUAUUGCACAGUUCUUUUAUGAAUUUCAUACAUUAUUUGUUGAUGCGGCAAUAAUGGAUAGUUGGUCGCUGGUAAUGUUUAAUAAAUUUUUACUAGUUGGCCAUCUUUGGCAGUUUAUUAAUCUUCCUACUGUAUUGCAACAAUUCGAAUAUCAACCAACAGACAACCUUUCACGACAAUAUAUGCUCAAUUUUGGAGCUCUAAUGUUCGUUUGUAACAGUGUAGAUCCAGAUAUAAUUACCAGUGUCGAGCAGCCUAUUCCGCAAAAUAUUUUGUUAUGUCUGUUGAAUCAGUUGGCAACAAAACUGGAUGAAGAAACGGAUCUCAAAUUUAGGGAUCCUACCACUGCUGGUAGCUACCGCCAUGUUUUAAAUCGAUUACAAACAUGUUUAACAGGUGAACCAGGAGAAUAA